UGGGGUCUUGAGUCUUAACUGAAUUUGAAGAUGUACAUUUUUGUCUCGGUGACCACCAUGAGUUAAAGUCGGGAAAACCAGGUCGCUAGUAUAUUCUGCCACUCACAAUAUGGCAGGUUUCGGGUAAAGAAGCCAACUCUCCCAACAGUUUGCUCUCUGCCGUCCUCUUGCGGCCAGGAGGGAAAUAUCGGAUCAUAGAGUUAUUUUGUCUCAAAAACAAUGCUUUGUUUGACCACAAGAUGGCAGCAUAGGUGUACACCGAUGGGCUCUCCAAGUACCGAGCCGCGGUCCCUGAUAGGUUACAGAUGCGCUUCAAAGUGAACAGCUCAUUUUAAAUCCUGGAAAUCACGUGGCUGUUUUCCUGCGCACUGGGGCAUCGGCGAGAGGCUCUUUCUCAUCCUAUAAUCGCGGUGAAGCAAACUCAUUGCGCUCCACACAAGCAGGAAGAGGAGGUGGAACUGAGCGCAUCCCCAUCUCUGCCCACACCGCUUUUCAUUUUUCUCGAGCUCCCCGACAAGAGCCGGGAGACGGGAGGACAAUUGGCGGGUCUUGUGUGGAGGAGGGUGGAUUCAGAACCCAGCGAUGACGGGCAAAUCUGUGAAAGACGUUGACAGAUACCAGGCGGUGCUCAACUCUCUGCUGGCGCUGGAGGAGAACAAAUACUGCGCCGACUGCGAAUCUAAAGGUCCAAGAUGGGCUUCCUGGAAUUUAGGCAUCUUCAUUUGCAUCCGCUGCGCUGGGAUCCAUCGAAAUCUGGGGGUCCACAUCUCAAAGGUCAAAUCUGUCAACUUGGAUCAGUGGACACAGGAGCAGGUCCAGUGUGUUCAAGAGAUGGGAAACGCCAAGGCCAAACGUCUCUACGAGGCCUUCUUACCUGAAUGCUUUCAGCGGCCUGAGACGGACCAAACUGCCGAGAUCUUCAUCAGGGACAAGUAUGAUAAAAAGAAGUAUAUGGAUAAGGUCAUUGACAUCCAAAUGCUCAGGAAAGAAAAAAGUUGUGACAACAUCCCCAAGGAGCCUGUUGUGUUUGAGAAGAUGAAACUGAAAAAAGACGUCAGCCCGAAGACAGAGUCCCAGGCUGUUACAGAUUUACUUGGACUCGAUGGACCGACUCCGAGUCCUGCGGUAUCUAAUGGCGGAGGGUGUCUUCUUGACAGUAAUGAGAGCCCAAUGGUGUCUAAUCCAGCUCAGGCACAAUCUGCUCUGGAUCUCUUUGGCUCUUUGCCGGCCCCCUUCUCAGUGUCCUCUAUGAAAAUUACGCCUGCAUCCAGCUCCUUGCCUCAAAGCAGAGUGACUGCCUCAGUGCCUGAAAAUCUCAGCUUGUUCAUGGAUCCAAAGGCCAAAACAGAUGAAGGCAAUGUCAAGAAGCUGUCCAAGGACUCUAUCCUCUCCCUCUACGCCUCCACCCCCUCACUGCAUGCCAGCAGUAUGGCUCCACACGGCUUGUACAUGAACCGCAUGGGAUUCCCAACUCACCCUUAUGGUCCAUACCAUUCUUUAGCCCAGGUUGGGGGAAUGGGAGGCGCCAUGAUGACAUCACAAAUGGCCAUGAUGGGUCAGCAGCAGAGUGGUUUGAUGGGGGUUCAUCAGAACAGCACGAUUGGAGCACAACAGAACUGUAUGAUGGGACAGCAGAAUGGAUUAGCAGGCGCUCAGGGUGUCGUGCCUCAGCCAAGCGGUGUUGUAACAACACCUUACAUGACAGGGAUAAUGGGACAGCAGCAGGUUGGAGCCAUGGCCCCGUUACCUCAACAGCAAGUAUAUGGAGUGCAGCAAGGCCAGCAACUUCAGUGGAACAUGGCUCAGAUGACUCAGCAAGUAGCUGGCAUGAAUCUCUACAGCACCAAUGGCAUGGCAGGAUACGGGAGUCAGAACACAGGAAGUUCAACAGCUCCAACUUCAGCUCAUAUGACGGCCCACGUCUGGAAAUGAUUUUAUACAUCCAAAAGCUGAAGGAACAUCUUUAAGAGUAGAGGAACCGGAUGGAUUGGUAACCACAUGUAACAUUUUUAAAGCAAGGGAAUAGGAGGAGGAGACAGGUAUGAAGAAGAACUGGGAAACGACUACUACCUCUCUGUCUCUCUUCUCUGCCUAAACUUCAUCUCUUAAUCUCACUCAUAGCCGUCUUCUGCAAAUUUCCAUGUUGGCCUUCAGGACAUCUUGGUACCAAGACAACAGGGUUCAGAGACCAUUGCUUUGGCACUCACAUCUUUCUUUGUUUCUGCAUACCCCUGAAUACAGAUGUAGGGUUAAGUGUUAUGUAGUUGGUGUGAAGAAGCUGCUUUUGGUUUUCCCCUGAGGUUGAGUGCAGAGAUUAACCUAGCAUAAUGAUUAACAAGUUGAAUUUGUUAAGGCAAAACAAAGCCAAUAUUAGGCACCAUGUUGGAUCUAUUUGUAAACUAUGCACCAUCAGGGUUUUGGGACACACGUUUAUUGAAAGGGACAUUGCUACAUACCAGCAUGAACCAUGUUUGAAAAAGAAACUACAACAGUUUUCACUCAUAUGGCAAAGGGGUUGUUAUUAACAAAAACCUGAGUCCGGUAUCCAAUUUUAGGUGUAUGUUUUACACAUGUAUAUAGAGCUGCUGGUAAACAAUUAACUAUAAGCACCUAGAAAUUAAACUAAAAUUUACUAGGCUAAUCUCCUCUUUCCAAUGGCAUACAAAGAAGCAAGUAAACAAUGAUGACACUUCCAGAAUAUCACGAAUGAUUAAAUGGGCUAAAACAAGCUAUGCUAAUUUCCUUUUCACAGUAAAAAUACUUUUAGUGUAUGAGGCAACAACAACCAAAAUUGUUUUCCAAAAUAUUGCAAAUAACUCGAAGGGCAAUCUAUUUUAAUGCCUGUCUAUUUAAAGUAUGUCCUCCUGAAAGUGAAAAGAGCAUCUAAUUAUUAUUUCAUAAGCAACCAGAAGUUGAGCUAAAACAAGCUAGGCUAAUUUCCCUUUACAGUUCAUCUUUCAGUUUAUAAGGUUGCAAAAAAAAAAAAAAAAACAAUAGUUUUCCAAAUGUCUCAAACGGCUAAACCUUUUGAAGCAAGUCUCCUAUUUAAAGUAUAUUUUCUCUCAUUUCAAAUAAGCAGCCACAUACCAAGUUAAAAAAGGCUGAGUUAAUCUCCCUUUUUCUGUAUUAUGCAAAAAUUAUUUCUGUUAACAAUUAUAUGAUUUCUAAAAUUUUCAAAAUAACUUGAAUGGCUUUAUAUAUAUAAGGAAUAAAAGAAAAUAUGUCCUAAAUGAAAAGAGUUUUUUCUUUCAAAAGAAUCCCUUUAAACGUUCAUGAGUUCCUAGAUCAACACUGUAUCGAAACCUAGAAUAGCAACAAAGCCUACCUAAACAAUAAUGCUAUAUGAUGUCUGCAGUUCAAGUUACACAGGGCUCUGUUUGAAAUUAAUUAUUUUAACUAUAAAGUGUCAAAAAGUCCUAUACUGGAUUUUAGGAGACCAAAGAUCAGCACUAGCUUUAUUAAGACUGUACAGUAUUUUAUUGUUCUUUUUCUCAAAUUGCCACCAAGUAGAAAAAUGAUCGCAGCAUUGGAGCCGUAUCUUUGGCAAUACCACCUCUUACUCUUCACUGUGCUAAAGCCUCAGAAAGGGUGGGACAUUUUCAAAAGAUUGCAUGCUUUUGUCAUCCUGUAACUGCUCAGACACCUCAAAUCAGCGAUCCACAUUGUACAAUUGUGGCCUCAAACAAUGUUGAAUGUCCAUAUACCAGAGAAACCAAGAGGGAGGUACAUAUCAGUCAGGUUUCAGAUACUUCCACAGAACUGCAUGAAAAGAAUGUUUAUCCACCGUCGACUGUGCAUUUUAAGAUUUUCAGAUUUUUCUCUCUACUGUAUAUUCAGAUCAGUCUCAGACCAAGACUAACAAAAUUAUCAAUGAAUGUGUGUCUUGAAUGUUCUCCUGAUUGUAAUGGGUACACAGACUUGAUUAUUGCUGCCAUUAUUAUUAUUUUUUAUGUUAUUUGAAUGUGUCCCACAGUGUGCACUUGUGUGUCUUUUGAAUGUCCUGUGGUGGAAAGCCUACCAUCAGGUUUUAUUUUAUCCUUAUUUUGCAUUAUGUUGGGCACAAACUGUGAUCAGACUGAUUUAGUUAUUUUUAGGUGAUUCAGGAACAUUUACAGUCUGGCCAACAUACGAUGUGAAGUGGAAAGAGAAUGUGCAUACGCAAUCUACCACCUCUGAAUGCUUCGGUGAACCUCUUCUUUAUCUUGAGUUUUAAAGUUGCUCUUCCUACAAAAUGCAUGAAGCCAUUGCUGUAAACGCCCUCGGUCCUUCCACAUUUAGUAGUCUUCUGUUGAAUCUGUUUCUAAGUUGUUGCUUUUUAUGCUUUUCUUAAGAGACUAAUGGUAAUAACCGCUGCCAAUAGACUCGCACCUCAACGUUCACAGCUCUGUUCUUUAAAGCUAUUUUUUUUCCCAGUUGGGCUAAAUUUGGAGGCAGUGUGACGAAAAUUGCUGGCUCUGCAGAAGCUGAUUUUUACCUGCUUAGAUUCUGCACUGUAAUAGAAGAUCUGUUGGAGGACAAUGAGGACUUCAUGCAAAGGUUCCCUUGUCAUCAGUCCUUUUUGUCACUCUGUUACAUUUCUGGGAAAUGAAAGAAAAUGAAGAAAUGUAUUGUUUCAUCUUGUCAAUAUUUGAUGCGUUUUAUUCUUUAUCAGGAUUUCUGUACAUUAUGUUGAUAAGCAAGACUGAUGAAUACGUUCUGUAUAUUAGCUCUGCAUUUUUUUUUUUACACACUUUGGCUCUUUUAGUUUUAUGUCUACAUAAAUUCAAUAAAAUUUCAAUGAAAAAUA